AUGAAUUAGAUGAUUAAGUCACUCUUGAUUAUUCUUAUAAGGAUAGUUAUUUUUUAUCUAGGAAUCAAGUUUUUUUCAAGGGAAAUUAUUACUGGAUAAAUAGAUAAGAAGAGAACUAUAUAUUGUUAAUAUAGUUUAAUAAAAAUUGGUGAAUUACUUAAGUAAUCAAAAGAUGAAAUACAAUCAACUUAGUAGGUUGUAUUAAAAUUGAGAAGAUUUGUAAAGGAAGAAAUAGAAUUAUAAGAAAAACUUAUGAAGAUUGUUAUUCAAAAAGUAUUUGUAGAAUAACUCAAUAAUGUAAUUAAGAAUUCAAAAGAAAAUAAAUUGAUUUUAUAUAUUAUACAUGUUAUAUGA